AUGUUUACUCUGCCUGACCUGUUCGAUGAAAAUUUUGAAACAAGUUUGUAUGUUUUAGGAGGAUCUCUUUGCUUGGUUGGUUUUGAUCCCGAGGUUUGUGCCGAUGUGUGGCCGAUGAAGCAGGAUGGAGCUGAAAAUUCAUGGACCAAGCUAUUCACCAUUGACUUGCAAAAACAUUUUGGUGGGUUGGUCACGGAUUUUAUGCCGUUGUGGUCUUUGAAGGAUGGAAAUAUUAUUAUAGGAUUAGACAUGGAUUCAAGGUACUAUAUUGCUGGCUCUUUUCAAACUUCUGUCUUUGUGGGAAACCAAGUUUCACUGGACACUAAAACUUACCUCGGGGAAGUACACUUGGAAAACUCAGACACAGAAGAUGACGUUCACGACAAUGACGAUGAUGAUGAUUAUAUGGCCUCAUAUGAUCACGAUAAUGAUAAUGACGACGAUGGUGCUAGUGAUGCUGAAGGUAACGAAGAAGAAGAUCUCCAGUAUAAUAAGAAGAAAAGCAAGAAAAUAUUCAUUACGUUACAUGGUUCAGAUCAUACUGAUGUUAAUCUGAUUGAAGAUGGAAUCAGUAGUGUUAAUAAUGUUGAGAAAUCAACAACAACAUCAUUUCAACGACAAUCUUAUUAUUUACCAGAAGGAGUUUGUGAAGAAACUUAUGGAUUUUUACCAUGUACAAAAACAGUGUUUGGAAAUCUAUUUCUGAUCAUUAUCUAUGGAGGACUUAUGCUUGUUGCUGCUAGAUUAUUGUCAACAGGCAGUGAACUUCUUUUAGAGAUCCUUGGUCCUGGCAUUGUUGGUGGUCUUUUUCUCCCUAUGCUUGGUGCUCUUCCCGAUGCUUUACUCAUUCUUGUAUCUGGAAUCUCUGGAACUAAAGAAGUUGCUCAAGAACAGGUCCUAGUUGGAAUGGGUUUGCUAGCUGGAUCAACAGUCAUGCUUUUGACUCUACUAUGGGGAUCUUGUAUUAUUCUCGGAAAGUGCGAUAUUGAGGAUUCAACUGCGGUAGAUUUAAAAGAUACCAAGAGAUUAAGCUUACUGGGUUCUGGUGUAACCGUGGAUAUUUGGACUAAAUAUGCUUCAUGGAUAAUGAUCAUAUCUGUUGUUCCAUUUAUUAUUGUUCAGCUACCACAAAUACUCCACAUAAAUUCGGGAAGGCACUUAGUAGUUUUGAUUUCGCUCAUCGUUUCAGUUACAUUAUUGAUCUCUUACUGUCUCUAUCAGGUGUUUCAACCUUGGAUUCAAAGGAGAAAGCUUGCAUAUGCUAAGCAUAGUCAUAUAAUGUCGGGAGUUUUAAGACAUCUAGACCUUGUUGAUAGGCUCAUGACAGAUGAUGAUUCUCCAAAUAUAGCUGCAAUUAAAAAGAUAUUUAGAUCGUUGGAUUUAGAUGCUGACCAAACUUUAUCAAUUCAUGAGUUACGAGCAUUAGUUAUAGGAAUUCACUUUGCUGAGGAAAUAGCACUUGUUAAGGAUGAAGAUGUGCAAAAAAUGCUUUCAGAUUUUGAUACAUCUCGUGAUGGUUGUGUUGAUGAGACCGAGUUUGUCAAAGGAAUCUCAAUAUGGCUUAAUAAGGCGAGGCCUCACAAAAAGAUUCAUAAAUUUUACCAGCACACAAGGAAAGAACAUGAUCAGCUGCUGGAUAAGAGUGAUGAGGUCGUGGAGGGUGUUGAGAAUCCCAAGUGGAUUUCCAUUAAAGCUGGACUGCUAUUAUUGCUGGGGGCUGCUAUUGCAGCUGCAUUUGCAGACCCUCUUGUGGGUGGUGUUAACAAUUUCUCCACUGCCACGAGUAUACCACCUUUCUUCAUCUCAUUCAUUGUUCUGCCUUUGGCCACUAAUUCCAGUGAAGCAGUGUCAGCACUUAUUUUUGCUAGCCGGAAGAAGAAAAGAACCGCUUCCUUGACAUACUCUGAGAUAUACGGAGCAGUCACUAUGAACAACAUUCUUUGCCUUUCGGUAUUCUUAGCCCUAGUAUAUGCGAGGGGACUGUCCUGGGAUUUCUCAGCUGAAGUACUAGUCAUUCUUAUUGUGUGCGUUGUUAUGGGUCUUUUCACCAGCUUCCGCACUACUUUUCCUCUUUGGACAUGUUCGGUGGCAUAUGUACUCUAUCCUUUCUCGCUCGUGCUGGUUUACCUUCUUGACUAUAAGUUUGGAUGGACUUAG